AUGGCUUUCGGGAACUCAAAAUCUCCAAGUCCCUUUUCCAUUCUAGUUAUCAAAUUUCUCAUCCCUUUCCUCUUGCUACAACAUCACAGUGUCCACUCACAACCAUCUCCACUGUCUGGAGACGAAACCGUUUUCUUCAGCUUCUCUCAUUUCGAAGAAGGUGACCCAAACAUAGGAUUAUUGGGCAAUGCCUCAAUAUCUGAUGGGGUUCUAAGGCUAACCAACACUGACCAACUUGGCAAACCAGUUCCACACAGUGUUGGACGAGCGGUGCAUUUCACACCAAUACACCUCUGGGACAAAAGCAGCGGAAAACUCGCAGAUUUCAGCUCUGGCUUCUCCUUUGUCGUGAACCCUAAUGGUUCAACCCUUCAUGCUGAUGGUUUUGCCUUCUUUAUUGCACCAGCCGACAACAUUCUCUUACCUACAAACUCAAGUGGAGGGUACCUUGGACUUUUCAGCCCAGAAACUGCAUUGGACCCUUCCAAAAACCAAAUAGUGGCUAUUGAGUUUGAUAGUUAUACCAAUGAAUGGGACCCCGAUUCACCUUCUCAGUCUCCUCACGUUGGAAUUGAUGUUGACUCUAUCAAGUCAGUGGCAACCGUGGAAUGGCCAAGUGAACUUGAACCGGAUAAUGCUGUGGCUCAAGCGACCAUAAACUAUAACUCUGAGUCCAAGCACUUGACUGCGUUUGUGGUUUACCCUGGGGACAAUAGGAAUGCCACUGUCUCUACCAUCGUUGAUUUGAGGAAUGUUUUGCCAGAAUGGAUCAGAGUUGGUUUCUCUGCCUCCACCGGUGACUUGGUUGAAACGCAUGACAUUCUUCACUGGUUUUUCGAAGCAGCCUUGUAG